CUGCCUGCAGGUCCAGUUUUCUCAGGGGACAGUAAUUUUCUCUAAAACUGGACGGAGGUUGAUUUUGUAUGUUAUGAUUUAACCUCUGUGUAGGUUCUGCCCAGUCGUUGUUUUAGGUUGCAACGGUCCGUUGCGUGUCAACAAGUAGCUCCAUGCGUCGUCGGCAUCGUGACGUGGGGAAGCGGGUUUUAUUGGUAUGCUCGGAAGUGACCGAGUCUGAAGUGGCAAUGUGCUGUUCAGUGGUCCCAAAAUUUUUACUGUAGUUUCUCUAUUUUCAGACUGAUCAAUUCGAGUUUAGGUCUAACUGACGGAUCCUGACUUAGUAGUUUAACGUUGUAGCUUAACCAUGGCGGUGGACACAGCAAGAGAAAGGGCUCUGCAGAAGCGGAUAAAGGAAUUGGAAGCAGAGCGCGAUGAGCUGCAGCGUGACCUGGAGGGGAUGUGCCUGCAGCAGGUGGGGAGCGCUGGAGCCGAAGACGCCAUGGCGCGGAUGCAGGCCAGAAGGGUCGCCAACCUGGAGGCAGAGCUUGCCACGUGUCGCCACACGCUUGCAUCGCUGGAGAUGGAGAUUGCUGACCUCAGGCAUGACCUGGCGGACGCCGAGCAGAAGAAGGCUGGAGCAGCGGCCAUGUGGAAAGAGGAGCACAGCAAGCGCACAGCAGCAGAGGAGGAAGUGCGCUUCUACCAGAGGCAGGCGGCUGCAGCGCUGGAGCAGCGAGACCAGACGAUGCUUGAGCUAGACCAGCUGAAAAAGGCCAAGGCGGAGGCGAUAGAGAAAGCAAAGGUAGAAGCGGAGCAGUUGCGGAAAGAAAAGGCAAACGUGACUGAAAAGGCAAGGAUGGAAGCUGACAAGAUGAUGAAAGAAAAAUGGGAUUUGCUAGAGAGGGUUAAAGAGGCUGGGAGGCAUGCGGCUACUCUGGCGAAGCAGCAGGAGGUUGCGGAUGAGAAGGUGGAAGAGGCGGAGAGGGGGAGGCGGGAGGCGGAGAGGGGGAGGGAAGAGGCGGAACGGGAGAGGGAGAGGGCGGAUAGGGAGAGGGAGGAGGCGAGGAGGGAACGGGAGAGGAUGGAGAGGGAGAGAGAGGAGGAGCGGAGGGAGAGGGAGAGGGAGGAGAGGGAGGGGAAGGAGGUGGAGGGGAGGUUGAGGGAGGAGCUUGGGAGGGAGAGAGAGGAGGGAGCGCGGUUGAGAGAGGAAGUGGAGGGGUUGAGAGGGGAAGUGGAGAGGAGAAGAAACGGUGCGAGGGAGUGGGACCUAGUGGGGAAGGAAGCAGCAGCACAGGUGGCUCGGGCGAAAGCGGAAGCAGCAGCGGCAGUGCAAGCAGAGAGGGAGAAGGGGAUGAGGGAGAGAGAGGAGGUGCAGCAGCGGCUGAGGGAUGUCCAGCGUGAGCUCGAGAAAGAGAGGGAGGAGAGGAGGAGAAGAGGUGGCGGGGACAUGGGAGGUGCAGGAACGCCAAAGAACCUGCCUUCUUCAGGCUCAGAGGAGCUCUCGGAUGGGCUAGAAAAAUAUCAGUUCUCUAGCAAGGAUCCGUAUGGGGAGGAGCCGACUGAGGAGAUGCUGUCUCAGGCGAUGAGGGAGAAGGUGCAGGCGCUCGUGAUGCUGGCUGCGGAGGAGGAGAGGCACUUGAAGGACUCGCAGAUGGUUGGGAGUCUUAGGGAGACGAUCGCUGGGCUGAAUGCCACCCUGGGUCAGGUGACGGCAGAGAAGGUGAAUGCGCUCAUGCAGCUGGCGGACACGGCAGCGGAGGUGCAGCAGCUGAGGGACGAGGUCGUGGCGCUGCAGCAGGAAGUGCGGAAGCGAGACGAGAUCAUCGCGAGAGACUCCCUCCCCUGGCAGAGCGCGGAGACAGCAGGCGUGUGGUCUGCUGGUUCAGAGAGCACCAUGAUCCCCGCGCUCUGGUCCUCGUCCCCCUCGCUCGACCCUCUAGACGGCAGCGCUGCUUCAGAGUACGGGCCAGGGGGGGUGGGAGGAGUGGGGGAAGGAGCAGCGGGAGGGGGUGGGUAUGGAGGCAUGAUUAUGAUGGGAGGCGGAUUGCAAGGGCUGUACGGAGCAGCAGGAGGAGCAGGAGCAGGAGGAGGAGGAGGAGGAGGGGGAAUGGGAACAGGGGCUAUCAACGUUCCUCAGUAUCAGACGCAUUAUCAAGGCCAGAGUCAGAGCCAGAGCUCGUAUCAGUUUCACAGCCGGUCACCAGUGUUCGGAGGGGGGUUCGUCCCUCCCCCUUCAAUCAACGUGAACCGGUCUAGGCAGAGCUCCUUCCACUCGGAAAGCAGCUUUGGAAUAGGGGGGGGAGGAGGGGGAGGAGGAACUGGGGGAGGGCCCAGCUCGGCAGGUGCAGCGUCAGCAUUCUCGCUCUUUGGUCUUUUCAAGGGUGUUGGGGGGCGGAAUUCGGGGGGAGGGGCGCCCAGUGGAGGGGGAGCCGGGGGAGGUGGAGGAGGGGGGGGAGGGGGAGGAAUGGGAGGUGGAGGGGGGAGCGGGGGAUCGGCGUACCUGACGGGGGGCAGCAGCAGGGGGAGUUCCCCCAGGGGGGACCGAGAGAGGGUGACGCCAUCAGUGGUGGCGCGGCUGCGGGUGGAUAUAGCAGCGCUGGAGGAAGCGCUAGCAACCAUCGACCAGAUCGCCCAGACGUCAUCCGACAUGCGCUCUUCAUUGGCUCGGGGCCUGGAGCAAAUUAUUUCCCAAAAUAAACCUGGCGACCCCAAGAAGACUCCCAGAAAGCCCACCUCGUCCCUUUCACUCUUCUCGCCCUCCUCCAAGCAUCAUCUCUCAGAGCACAGAAGAAACAGCCCCACCAGUCACAGCAUUAACAGCAGCAGCAGCAGCAGCAGCAGUGGCGGCAGACAAGGUUUGGCAAACAGCCAUAGGCCAGUGAGCAGCGGAAUUGCAUGCCCCAUUGGGGAUACUCAAGACACAUGUAUUACAGGUGGUGGUGGCGGCAGCAGCGGCAGCAGCAGCUGCAGCACAGUUUCCACUUCGAAGGAGUGUGUAAUCUCUACCACCACCACCACCACCACCAUCUCCACCACCACUGCCCAGCUGAAUUUAGACAAGUCCUUCUGGACCAAGGUGGAUUCAGUAGAGGAAGAAGCUAGGCAGAUGAGGAUAGUGUUUGGAGCGGCAGCGCACCUGCCUAUCAGUUGGAACGCAGGGGGGUCGGGAGGAGGGAGGAUGGGAGGGGGCGGCAGGCACGGGAUACCUGCGGAGAGGGCGGGCGAGGUAGUGGCAUCGGUUGGGCUGGAAAUUGCCGAGUUUGCCCUCGUGGUGGUGGGGUUGCUGCGGCCGGUGCAAGUGGGCUGUUAGCACACAACAGCUCAAUCAGUCUAGUCAAGUCAUUCUGGGCCAAGGCAGAUUCGGCGGAGGAGGAGGCGAAGCAGAUGAGGAUAGUGUUAGGAGCCGCGGCGCAUCUACCAAUCAGCCAGAACGCAGGAGGGUCGGGAGGAGGGAGGACGGGAGGGGGCGGCAGGCACGAGAUACCCGCGGAGGGGGCGGGCGAGGUAGUGGCAUCGGUUGGGCUGGAAAUUGCCGAGUUUGCCCUUGUGGUGGUGGGGUUGCUGCGGCUGGUGCAGACGGGUUAAUAGACCCGGAAAUUGGGGUAAAUUUCUCUAUUCAAAUCGCGAUGGUGGUGGGUUUACUGCCACCAGUGCAGGCUGUGGUUUCAGCCUGAGUUUGAAUGGACUCACAAGUCAGGUACAUUCUGAAGUUUGCCCUUGUCGCAGAUGGCAUUACUGCCAGCACCGGCAGCAGGCAUUGCAUGGUGCUGUGGCCAGUGUGGAUAUGCGUGUGCUAGUCUGACUUUUGAGUUGACUCAAAAGUCAGCACCGACAAGCAUUGCUUGCAUGGUAGCACAGUGACCAGUGUGGAUAUGGGUAAAGCAACCACCGUGUGCUAGUCUGACCUAACUAUGGACUCUGACCACAGGCUCUAGGAUGACUUGGCCAGCCUCUUUUCUGGGUGGUGGAACUAUGUAGUAUGCAUUGUAUAGAGCGUGCAUGAAGCAUGCACACAUGACAGGACAUGCGAAAGGAUGCCAUUCUUUUGUUACCAUACAAGCAGUGCCGUUUUGGAGUUGGGAUG